AUGACCAAGACCUUCCUCAUAUGUAACACAGGGUUGCACGCUGCCAUCUUGGGAUUGAAAUGGUUGGACGCCCAUAACCCAGAGAUUGAUUGGAAUUUGCGCACCCUCACUUUCCCUCAUACGCCCCCAGAACACGUGGCCAUUGCCAAAGAAGAGGAAGCUGACAAAAAUCCACUCAAAGGAGUACCCCUGAAUACCAUCAAUACGCCAAGACAUUACAACAUUGGCAUUGAACUGACAGAAGAAGGCCCUCUGAACUCCCCUCUGUAUAGCAUGACCAACGCUGAGUCAGCCACACUGAAGGAUUGGCUCAGAGACAAACUCAAGGCCAGGAAAAUCCAUCCCAGCAAAUCGUCCAUCAGUUCCCCUGUCAUGUUUGUACCCAAGAAGGAUGGCUCCCGCCAAUUAGUUGUUGACUACCAUUGUCUUAACAACCGGACCAAGAAGAACAUAUACCCGCUGCCCCAUCCAGAUGACCUUAUGGCCCAGCUCCGUGGCGCCAAAGUCUUCACUAAGUUAGAUCUGAGAUGGGGUUACAACAACGUCUGUGUCAAGGAAGGCAACAAAUGGAAAACCGCUUUCCGCACCAAAUACGGCCUAUACAAGUCCCUGGUCAUGACAUUUGGCCUGACAAACGCUCCUGCUUCCUUCCAACACUUCAUGAACAAAUUGUUCAAGGACCUGCUUGAUGUAUGCGUCAUCAUUUACCUCAAUGACAUCCUGAUUUACUCCAAGGAUGACGCAACGCACGCGCAACACGUCCAUGAAGUCCUACAGCGCCUGAUGGAGAACCAACUAUUUUGCAAGGUGUCAUAA